CUGGUAAAAAAAUGCCUGCAGGCUCAGCCAAGACAUGGCGUUAAAAGUCUCUUUAAUUUUUAUUUGGUGGUUCAGAUGCUAGAAAGAAAAAGGAAAACCUUUAACCUAAGCGUUGCUUUGAAAGUGGUGAACUGUCCCUUUAACAAACUGCCUGCUCGGAAGCUAGCAAUCGGAAGCUAACUUCAUCGUCGUGGCCGAGGAGCUACUCCUAUUUACAACAACAUAAUGGAGCCCAGAUGGACGAAGAGCGUUUGCAUGGCUGUUUUAUGGUCUGGGUGUUUGCUGUGCGUUAUAUUUGUCACGGGACCCGCAUGUGCAAUCACCGUGUACGCCGACUCCGAGGUGAUAGUGCAGAACGGCACAACGGCAGUCCUGCGCUGCACCUUUGACUCCAGUGAAGUGGUGACCAAAGCCACCAGUGUGAGCUGGAGCUUCCAGUCCAAUCAGCCCGACAGUCAAUACUACUCAGCUCCAUACGUGAUUUUCUACUUUGCCGACGGAAAAGCAUAUCCAGGACAAGAAGAAUUCAAACACAGGGUUCAGUUUGUGGGAGACAUCAACAAGAAGGACGCUUCGUUACAGCUGAGUCCGGCUCAGUUCAGCGACAACGGGACCUUCUUCUGCGACGUGAAGAACCCGCCCGACGUGUCGGGGACUCAGGGCCGAACGGAGCUCAGGGUUGUUCAGAAAGCAGAGUCUCUCCCUCAGACCAACACUAAGAUUGUAAUCUUAGCAGUGUGUGGUGCUUUAAUUCUGCUCAUCGCCGUCGCUAUAGCCGCCUGCUUCGCCGUACGGGUGAUUCAAAACCGGCACGAUUACGAAGGAUGUACGUCCCUGGAAGGCGCGAGCUCUGAAGCUCCGCGGCCGCUAAAGAAGGCGGAGUCCAGCCGGGAGGGCACCAGGUCGACCGGCCCCUUGGGUCCGCUGCAGGUAGGAGCUCCAGGACGAAGAAAUCCACCGGGUGCCACUAUUUCAAAGGGCCCGGUGAUAUACGUCCAGUUGGAUCACUCAGGCAGUAAAAACUCGUUCCAUAAGAUGGAGCCCGUGGUCUACGCUGACAUCCGUAAAAACUGAAGAUGGGGACCAAAAUAAUAAUAAAAAAAAAAACUAAAAGAAAAAAACAAAAGAAAACAUAGUAAAGUAUGAGACCUCUCAUUUAGCUGCUCUUGGGAAGGGUGGGAAAGGUUUUAACAGGGACAGAACAGGUGCAGUUUCUCUCUCUACUCUUUUCUUUCUCCAUAUUUUGUCGUAUGAAAGCAUGUUAUAUGAUAAACUAAUGUAUUAGUUGACUUAAAGAGAAAAAAACAGCUACGAAAACAGUUGAUACUACAUCAUAUCAGCCUUUAAAAAGUUCUCCAACACAGGGAUCAAAGUAAAAAUAAUGCCUUCAUUAUUGUCAUUCCAAGUGUAAAUUAUUUUAUUUUAACCCUUGAAUUGUUGUGCCCCCCCCCACACUUCCCUUAACCACCUAAUAGCCUCAGACAUGCUCGGCAUAUUACAGAUCUGCAGGCUGUUGCACCAAGUCAGCAAACAUUUACUGAUUUCAUAUCUUAACAAGCGAAGGCUAAAAUCACGCCGGGAUUUCUGUUUCAUCCAAUGAAUGAUCAGUUUCAAUGAAAGAAAAGACCAUCGCUUACUAGAUAAUUAAAACUGCUUGUGAGCAUGCUGUAUGAAAAUCAGUUUAAUGACUCAUUCAUCUCAAUUUGAUGGAGGACAAUAUUUUUGUUUCAUACAAAGUUAUAUGCAAUUUUUAAGUUAAAGAGUUGCAUGUCGGCUGACAUCAGAGUAGGGCUGAAUCCCAUCAAGUUUAACACUCAACCUCCAAUGAUAAAUGCUUAAAAUAUGCCCUAAGGAAGCAGGAAACUCCUUGUGAUUUAUUACAAUUAAAUAAAAUAUGUUUUUUCUACCGGAUUUCAGACACAGGAAAUCAUAUUUUGCUGCUUUUUGAUUUGCGGCUUUGUCGUUUUGGUCACCUCAAACCUGAUGUUUGGCAUUUAAGAUGUUCCAUACCAACCAGAUGUCAACUUGCUUACCUUGGAGACAUUUCAUACUCACUUCGACUACAAAUUAACAGUAUUUUAUACUGGUAAUUUACUGUAAAAACAUGUUUGCCAAUAAAUCCGAGGUCACUCAUUCAGUCUCACCCAAAACAGAUGAAAAUCUUCCACAAAAAAACGUAUGGAUUGAAUUACAAGGUAGAUGUUUAGAUUAUUUCUGUAAUUCAUUCAAAUCUUUGUGCCGUAUUAACCCCUUAAAGGAGUGCCCCAGUUAACGAGGGUGUGUUUUACGUGCUGUUUGAAUUACAUCCUGGCACAUCAGGGAUGUUAGGAAAAUGGGAUUCAGCCAAACGAGCUCAGAUUGUUCCCUAAAAGUCAGGUUCUGCUCCUCAUUCAGGAUCCUGACGUCAUGGUGCUUUGAGUCGACAAUGUUUACCCUGAUAAAAUGCAGGCAAUGUCAAACUUUAAAAAAAAAAGAAAAAAAAAAGGCAAAGGUACAGAAGUUAAAGGUGCGCUGUAAAUACACAACACCAUCUGUGCUUUCUCUGGUGAUGAAAUGUAAGAGGAGUCUAAACCUACAGAGAAAAAAAUGUAGAGUUUAGAAAGAUGGUAAAAAUGAAGCUACUUUUCAAUUAUUUUAGGUCAGUUUUCAUUAUCUGAUGGUGGCUGAGGGUUUUAUCCAUACCUGAUAGUCAGGUAGACUCGGUUCAAUUAGGAACCAAAAUUGCAACAUUUGCUAAAUCAUCAGCUGCUGUAGUUCUCUUUAACAACACUGCACUGUCUCAAAUAAACCAAAGUCUUUGAUAAACCUGUUUCCCUCCUCGCCUGUGGGGGCGCUGCACCAAGAACCACUGAAGGGAAUGUCACAAAAACCUCUGAAGAAGACACUGAAGGCAACUUCUUUCUUCGCAAAAUGUUGUCAUAAAUGAAGUUGAGUCAGAUUUUAGCGGCUGUAGGAUUUCUCUUAUGGCUUUGCCUCCUGGCGCUAGACUUGUGCGAUUUGAUUUGGUUUUAUUUACCCAGAAUACCCUGCGCUGCAGUCCGCUUCCUGCUUCUGGAGCGGUCUUCGGUCCAAUAUUCAUUCCCAUAAGCAUCCAAACCGCACCAGAGUUCACUUCAGACCGAAGUUUGUAGGCGGACCAGAGUUUGCUUUUUUUGGUGUGCUUCAGGGUUCGAUUAACUCCUCUCAAAACGAACCGGGCUUUCUGGGCGAACCGACUGCAGUUUUGUUAAAGCAGACUGAACGGGACUGGAGUCAAUGCAGCCUUUAGGUAGAGCGUAUCUAUUUGUGCACCUUACAAACAGAACCAAACAGUGCAAGAAAAACAUCCGCCCAAACUUAUGGCCACAUGCACUAAUGAAACUUUUUAUGUAAAAGGUUAACACAUGUACAGAAUUUUUUAAAUUCUGGUUUGCAGCACAGUUUCAGGAAUUUAAACACUAAUACCAUUUUAAACACUUAGCAACCGUUCAAAAGAUGUGAUGGCUAAAAACAAAAACAUAUUCUUAAGCAUUUGGCUGCAAAGGAUAAUUCUGAGUUUCAAUAGGGACUCAUAAUUUAGUCAAACUUGAAGCAAAAUCCCUCUGUUGACAUUUGGACGACGAUUUUGAUUCAGCCUAGUGAAAGUACAGCUUGCUGGUAAAAUAAAUCUAAAGUAGCCUUUCGGGUGCAACAGUCUGCAGAAGCCUGCAGUUGAUCUCCAUCAUGGGCAUCUCCAUCGUGAUCUUGUUUUGUAGAGGCGUAUAGUAAUGUAAAGUUAGAUAUUGGCCCAGAGUAACAUUGCAUGCAGUUCUAGUAACAUCUACGAAGUGAAGUGAAGUUGGUACUGCUCACCCAGCUAGUGUUUUGCUCAGAAGAAGCUGCCUGACGUCGUGUUACUGUGAAUGCUUCAGCUUUCUGUGAAGUUCUGGCAUGUUGUCGUGGUACCCGUUGAAAAAAUAAAAAGAAUAAUACGUAAACUCCCUUUUUGGAUUUUCACCUCAGCAAAAAGGAUUUUUUCAAGAAUCCUUUUUGGAUUCUUAAAAAAAUCAAGAAUUUUGGGUUUAAUUUAAUUUGAAUUAUUGCGGGAGUUUUGGUUAUUCAGCGUCGUGUUCAAUGAUUUGCUUUUUGAAUAAACUAGGCAUGUUAAUAAAUGUUGCGCUGAGGUGACUUUUUCUCUUUUUUAUAAAAAACAGGGAGAUGUCAUUUUGCAUAACAAAACAACGUCUAAAUACACGGUUUGCAUGCAAUUUACUAACAACAAGCAUUCCCCCCGCCCCUCAGAUGGCUUAUUUUUUCUAUCUGUAUCAUGUUUUUCCUCAUUAGCGGGCCAAAUAUGAACAGUUUUACUUUUACAGAUAGUGUUGAGCUUUAAAUGCAUUCCAAGUUAUUUUUUUUAUUUCCUGUUGUCUUAAAGCAUUUUCAAGCCAAAUUUGUUUUUAAUUAUGUUGACUUCUUGUUGUGCAACCAGUCUGAAAGCCAUCAGCUCAUGAUCUCGAAUGCAGUAAGUUUCCAUAAGUGUGUUUGUUUGCUUCCCAGUUGAAAAAUGUCGUGCUGUUUACUGUAAGUCAUUCCAGUGUGGUGUGCCUGUGGGUGUCUUUCCAGAGGAAGGACGGUAGUUUGCUGAAGAGGUCUAGAAAGAGGCUGAUUUGUUUGCUGUUUUCGCUUAAAGUCUUGAUUCUUUGUAACCAGUCACUAAAACCUACACAGUGCCUGCAUACAGUAUUGGUGUGAAUGCUUCAAAAUGGUCAGAAUUAAAGACGUCUUCUUUUAGUAAACAUUUUAGUCCUCUAACCAGAAUAGCGUGUGAGCAGCAUUUCCAUUAAUAAGAUCAGUCCACGUGCAUGCUGUAUAUUAACCAAUAUAGGCUCAUCGAAAUGAUGGGAACAACAUUUUCUACCUCAACAAAAUCCAAUUUUAGCAGUCAAAUGGAGAAAAAAAAAAUCUUUAAAAACUCCCAGCAACGACAGUCCUGGCCACACGAGCGAACUUUAAAAUCAAACCUCAAACUUUCCUCUGUCCAACAGCACCAGUAUCUCACUGAACCACGAGGCAAAGAAAAGGAAAUUAAUGCUUAUUUCACAAAGCCAAAAGCAUAAAUAGCGUCUUACCUUUGCUGUUUUUUGGUAAUAGUUCAUGUUGGAGUAAAUAUUUCCUCACUGCUCCUGUAAUCUUUUAUUUCUGUGUGAUUUCUGACGGGUUUCACCUUUUUGAGCGGCAGAUGCACUUCCCUCGCUUUGACUGGUGAAUGAUUGACGGUUCAAUGGACGUGCCAAUCACCCAAAUCGCCCAGUGUGCUCCAGAAAUGUCCCUCCGUAGUUUACAAUGUGCUCAGAAUACUUGUAGAAGUAUUCUUUGAAUAUUGGUUUCGUUGCAAAACCAGUUGUUGGAUAGAAUGACUCACCAAGGAUGAUGUAUAGGUGGUAUGGAAAAUAACCUGAGAGAUUUCAAAUGGCACAGACGGUACCAAAUUGUUCUAAAAUUGCUCCUUUGGAAGGUUCACCUAGAGUUUUAUCAACUAAUACGUCCCCAAAAUUUCUAUGCUUAGCUGUUUUUAUUUACUGCAUUUUGGUACAUAAAUGGUCAGGUUCUGUACUGUGGUUUUCUACAUGUUUUGGUUUGCAACUACAUACUUUGAACAGGAUAUUGGCCUCACAAAGUACUUUUUGGGGGGCAAAAUUACUGCUGUGUUCCAUACUCAUUUACUUGUAUUCAUUAAUAUGAGUAUAGAUUUUUAGACCCUUUAAGUUUUCUCUGGAGUCUAACUUUUUAUUUUCAUACCAAGACAAUUCAAAUGAACCUUGCGUGCCGUAAAUAUAAUACAAUUUAUUUUGGGCCAUGCACUCCAUGGUAAUCUUAACAAAAAUAGAUCAGUCCUUUAGCAGUGAAGGAUGCAUUAGGCAAAAACGGAGAGAAAAAAAACCCGUUCAUUUUUACAUAAAAAUCCCAGAAUUCUUCUCAGGGUUGAAACUAAGCUGAACAUUCCGUCCUAAAAUCUUUAAAAAUAAAAUCCCAAUACAGAAACUGUGAUAUUAUAAAAGCCAUAAAAGGUAUCAAAAUGCAAAUUGAGUGACUCAAAGUCCAACUUUCCUUGAUAUGUUUGUACCUUAGUUGGUGUUUCUUCUGCAAUAUAUGCCUCAGUAGUGGAGAUCCAAAAAAGGGCAGUGUAAUUUCUUUCUUUUAUUUUUUUCUUCUUUGUCAUUUUAAGAACCUUUACGACUAAAUUACAAAAGAAAUCCUUAUUUUGACCAUUUUUAGCUCCAAACAAUGCAGGCACCGUGUCGUCUUCCACUUGACCCGUCCUGUUCGUCCUGGACCCAACAGGAAGUGUUCGGUUCUUGUUUAGUUUUCCGCUCAGCACCAUGCAUGUUACCGACUAACCCGACAGGAAAAGGAACAAACAUGUAAAAAAUAAAAUAAAAAUACUGACAAAACCCUUUACUGCUGGUCACCUGGCUUCUAAUCGUGACUUGUCGCAGUGUUUAGUGAUGUUGUAAAAAAUUGUGAUGUAAACUAUAAAUUAUGAAAGACUCGGGAUCCGGCUGAGCUCGUGCACGGCCGCCAUGGUUACGCAGGGCUGGGCGGUUCAGUCACGUCGAGUCUUACGGCGCGUGCUCUGUGUUUUUCGAUGGUUAGGUAGUUGUGUGUUAUUUACGAAUUGUUUGGUAUGUUGUGUGAAAUCUGCACUAUGUCUUGCGUAACAAAGACAACGAAAUGCCCUGUGAUUGUGUUUUGUUUUGUUUCCUAGAAAAUAACCACGGCCUCUGUUCAAUGUCUUUAAAACUGGAAUGUUGUACAUUUAGUGCCUUUUACAUUUCGUCAGCUAACUUGAACAUCUGCUCAAUAACAGAAGAUAAGAUUCAUUUAUUUUCUUUUUAUUGUAUGUAUUUUUUAUACACAUAAUAUCGCCUCUGUAUCCACUGUUCAAAUUUUAUAUAAAACCUACUCCCGGUCAAUAAAACAAAGUUUCUGCUCGU